UGAGAGUGCCGGGCUGCACGGACAGAUCCGGGGCAGUGUAACCUACUGGCACCGACAUAGCUCUAUGGCAGGUGGAGAGGAGCAAGAAAUGAGAGUGAAAGAACAAUCAUCAUGCGGAGUUCCUGAGAAAGCAAGGAGGAGUAGGAAAACCAGCGGACCUCCAGAUGAGGAUUCCUCAGAUGACAUUGUUGGUCUAACCUGCCACCAUGUGAGCAAAGCAGUGGAUGUGAAUCAGGUGAAGAGAGCAGUGUCUGAUAGCGUGUGGUCCACAUGCACAGAAUGUAUGAAGGAGAGGAGAAUAAAGGAAGGAGACCUCACUGCCCCGGCUGAUGUUUGGCUGUGUCUUAAGUGUGGUUAUCAGGGUUGUAGUUCUACGUCUGAAUGCCAGCACUCCUUGAAACAUUUUCGAUCUUCAAGCACUGAUCCUCACUGCAUCGCAAUAAACCUUUGCACUUGGGUUAUUUGUUGUUACGAAUGUGAUGAGGAGCUUUCGACUCACUGCAACAAGAAAACACUUGCUCAGAUGCUGGACUUUCUGCAGAAACAGUCAACUCGCUCCAAGAAAGGAUCUACUUCAAAGCUUAUUUGCCUGCAAGAACAAAGCGGUGACAUAUUUAAAGAGAGAUCUGCCCUUUGCAGUACAUCUGUCCCUGUGAAAGGAAUAACAAAUUUAGGCAACACCUGUUUCUUUAAUGCCGUCAUGCAGAACCUGGCCCAUACACAUAUGCUAACUGAUGCUCUGGCUGAAAUUAAAGAAAAGGAUGCAAAAUUGAAGCUAUGCCAGGAUGAAGAGAAUUUGGAUCCCCUGGUGAUUAACCUUCCCAGUCCUGGACCUCUCACAUCUGCAGUGGUCUUAUUCCUGCAUAGUAUGAAGGAGACUGGAAAGGAACCCAUGAUUCCAAAAAUGCUCUUCAGCCAGCUCUGCCAAAAAGCCCCCCGGUUUAAAACGUUCCAGCAGCAAGAUAGCCAGGAACUUCUUCACUAUUUACUUGAUGCUCUACGUAUAGAGGAAACAAAGCGCAUUCAGUCUGGCAUUUUAAAAGCAUUCAAUAACCCAACCACUAAAACUGCAGAUGAGGAAACAAAGAGGAAAGUCAAAGCUUAUGGAAGAGAAGGCAAAAAGGCAAAUUUAAUUGACAGAAUAUUCAUUGGUGAAUUAACCAGCACGGUCAUGUGUGAAGAAUGUGAAAAUAUUUCUUCUGUUCAAGAAGCGUUUAUUGACCUUUCUCUACCUAUUAUAGAAGAGAGGGUAUCCAAACCUGUAAAUUCUGGAAAAGGAAAUAAAGUAAAACAUGCCCAGGAAGGGGAUGGUGAUGUGUGUAUCUGCAAGAACAACACAAGGAAAGACAGUGAUCCGUUGAAUGAAAGACAGAAACUCCACUUAAAACCCUCUUCUGAUGUUACCAGAAAUUUUGCAAUAACACAAGAAGGCGAUGAGAAACCUGAAAUGGAUGCCACAAAAAAAGUUGUUUUUGGUCCCGUACCAAAUACUUCCAGGAUUUUUACCACUGGCAGCCAAUCAGAUGGCAGUGAGAGAGGCAGUGAGAGCCAGGUGGAGAACAGUGGAGAUGCGGAUAGCGAGGCUUCAGAGUAUGAGAACUCAUCAAUCCAGAUAGAGAUAAGCGGACAUUUUAGCGACCAUAAGAAACACAUCACUGCAGAAUGCCUCCCAACUAAUAACAACAAUUGUGUACACUCUGCUCAUGAUUCUCUCAGUGGGACUUUUUCCAAGCUCAGUCUGAAUCCUGUGGGAGAGGACUUGGAAUCCUGUAAAGAUAGGCCCGUCAGCUGCACAGUCAGUCAGCCUUGUUCUCAUACAAAAUGUGUGCUACCUCAGAAACCACAGACUGCUUUCCAAACCCUCUCCCAGGGCUACAUAACCAGCUCCAAGGAAUGCUCUGUCCAGUCCUGUCUCUACCAGUUUACAUCUGUAGAGCUCCUGAUGGGGAACAACAAACUGCUGUGUGAGAAGUGCACUGAAAACAGAAUGACGUGUCAGAGGAAAACUCAUCCUGCUGAGGAAAAGCAAGAUUGUGUAUAUACCAAUGCUCGAAAACAACUCUUAAUUUCUGCAGCACCAUCCAAUCUCAUUCUGCAUUUGAAAAGGUUCUGUCAGAAUGGAUUAACACUACGGAAGAUCAAUAGGCACGUGGACUUUCCCUUCAUUUUGGACUUGGCCCCUUUUUGUUCAGCAACAUGCAAGAAUGUGUUAGACGAUAGAUGCGUUCUGUACAGUCUUUAUGGCAUAGUGGAGCAGAGAGAAGGACACUAUGUAGCAUAUGUGAAGAUCAGAAUGCCUUUUAAAAAAGCAUAUAAAAGCAACCAUGCGAAUAAACAUUCAUCCGCUUUAAAGGAUGGAGCGGGACCUUCUUCCAGCCAGUGGGUAUAUGUCAGCGACACACAUGUACAAAUGGUUCCUGAGUCUAGAGUGCCCCGUUCUCAGGCAUAUCUUUUGUUUUAUGAACGAUUACAAUAAAAAUGUUCUUACA